UUCACCAUUUCCAAAUUGUAUCUUAUAAUAAAAAAAGGAAAACGCAGUGAAUUGAAUAGCAUAUGCUUAAUAAUAAGAUGAUGAAGAAAUGAGAUUAAAAAAGAGAGAAGUUGUAUUGUAUAUUUUUGGUAUUUCGAAUACAAUUUUCAUAUUUAUUUAUAUUUUUUUCUCUCUUGCUUGUAUCUAGAAUAACUGAAUAACUACAGCAUGCCCGCCUUUAUUGAUUAUAUUUUCAUUGUUGAUUAUUUGACUUAUAUGACGAAGACUUCUCAAACUCUCAAAUAUUCUUCUCUGAGUUAGUUGUUGUUAACAAAUUCUACCACAACAAUAUGCAUAUAUAACGCUCCAACCUAUCUUUCUCUCAAUUUUCAUUUCAUUAAGUAAAGUAAUAAUUACAAACACUUGAUCAAAAUGGGGAUUCAUUCCCAGGAUGCCAUCCAUCAGUUGCGAAAAUUAUUUGACCAAGUUGACGAGCCCUUACGGACAACAUUUCAGAAUGUUCAUCAAGGAAAUGUCACUGAAACCUUGAUUCGGUUUCUAAAAGCAAGGGACUGGGAUCCUUCUAAGGCUUAUCAAAUGUUGGUUGAUUGUUUAAACUGGAGAGUACAAAAUGAGAUCGACAAUAUAUUAUCUAAACCAAUUGUUCCUACCGAUUUAUACAGAGCAAUACGUGAUUCACAACUCAUAGGAGUGUCAGGGUACACAAGAGAGGGUCUUCCUGUCUUUGCAAUUGGUGCUGGGCUUAGCACAUUUGACAAAGCAUCGGUCCAUUAUUAUGUGCAGUCUCAUAUUCAAGUUAAUGAAUAUCGUGACCGCGUAAUCUUGCCUUCUGCAUCGAAGAAGCAUGGGCGACCUAUUACCACUUGUGUAAAGGUUUUAGACAUGACUGGUCUGAAGCUGUCAGCUCUGAAUCAGAUUAAGUUGUUAACUAUUAUAUCAUCCAUUGAUGAUCAGAACUACCCUGAGAAGACGCAUACUUAUUUCAUUGUAAAUGCCCCAUACAUAUUUUCAGCUUGUUGGAAGGUUGUGAAGCCACUUUUACAAGAGAGGACAAGAAGAAAAGUGCAGGUCUUACCGGGAUGUGGACGAGAUGAGCUGUUAAAUAUCAUGGAUUACCCAUCUCUGCCACAUUUCUGUAGAAAAGAAGGCUCUGGAUCAUCCAGACAUUCAGAAGGUGGAAACGGAUAUUGCUAUUCCCUGGAUCAUCCCUUCCAUCAACAACUCUACAACUACAUCAACCAGCAAGCUAGACGCCGUGAAGCUCCCAUCAAGCAGGGAUCAUUUCAUGUGGAUUUUCCAGAACCUCCGGAUGUGGAUGCAAGGAUUGCCAAGACUAUAGAGUCAGAGUUUGAUAGCCUAACCUUGAAUGGAGAUAAGGAAACAAUUGAACAAUUGGACUGGAAGACAGGCCUAAUCCGAGGCAGCUCAAGCCCCGGAACAAAAAGGAGACCCACCAGCUGAGGACUAGCUUAACAGUUCAAAAAAGGAAAUGAGAAGCUGCUGAAAGAAGGAAGAAACAAAGGGUGUGGGACCCCAAAUUCUUAAACUGGGAUGGUUCAUUGAUUUCUUGAUGGAAGUAAACAUUAAGAGAUUCUCAGACCCUUGAGGCUGUUAUUCUAUUAUUUCAAUUUCCAUUUUUAUUUUUCAAUUUGUUAAUUGUAGAAUGAGGACUCGAGUAGUAUAGGGAGGGUAUAAAAAUACAAGCCCCUUCUUGGGAAGGGUAUGCUAGAGAAAGAAUCCUAAAUUGUAAGGAGUUUAUGUACCAAUACAAAUUUUACAAUUACUAUUACUUACAUAACAGUUACAAAAGUUUGAGAACGGAAAUAGCAA